AUGAGUCUCGCCGGCUCAACACCGCUGCAAAGCGGCAAGGAGCAGAGUGAUGCCCUUCCCAGGUUAGCCGAGCCUUUCCAGCCGACACCGUCACCAAAGAGCGACACGACCCCGCGGGCAGCCAGCGGCACCGACGUCACAAACGAAGAGCUGGACAAUGGCAAGAAGCACAAGAAGCGCGGAUUGUUCGGGUUCGGGAAGAAGAAGGUGGAAGACCCUGUCAAGUCGCCCUCGAGCUUGUCGGAUGUACCGUCACCCAAUCUGAGCACCACAGCUGUCAAGGACGUUCCCAUAAGAUCAACGGCGACUUCGCCCGUUCAUACUGAGCACUCAAUUCCCAUCAUGCCCUCGUCCCCGAACCGCGGCCUCUCCUCUUCACCGCGGCUGUCAUCACCCGCUGGGAGCCAAAUCUUCGAGCGCGACGUGCAGGAAAGCGCGGUGCUGAUCCCUAACUCGCCCGCUAUCCCGAGUCACAUUACGACCGAGAACCACAUUCCCCCAGUUCUCGAUGCCUCGUCUGAGGCCAUUACCGAUGACCACCUGAGCCCCGACACGGUAGAAAUCAUCACCCACACUGGCCACCAGCCUGCUGCAGUAACCGUGACGGGAAUUUCUGACCAAGCGUCCAGCUCCUGGACCGAUGAUCUUGCCAGCUUCGCCGCGGACAAGGAAGAUACCGCGUCCAACUAUGGCAGCUUCGACACCACCGAUGUGCGAAGACUCAGCUUCAUCUCCUUCGCGGACGUUGUACAGGCCGAGCAGGCGGGUCACGCAGGCCAUGCCGGCAGUCGCGAUUCCGUGCAUCUGGCUGGCCUGACAAGCCUUGCCAGCAUGGGUGUCAACAGGUCGCCAUCACCUAUUCGAUCACCCAUCUCGAGCGCAGGCGGCCCUGGUACCUCGCCACCGACAAGCAAGUCCGGGUCUGUCAAGGGCCUUGAGAUGUCCCCAAGCAGAAAACCGCUGGGCAGCCCGACAUUGUCACAGCAUGCCGCUGGCACCACCGGCAUUUCGCCAGCCGUCAGUGGAGAGCUGAACAUUGAGACAAUGUCGCAGGCUCUCAGGAGAACGGGAAGCACAGACCUGAGUGCAGUCCGCAGUCUGCCAACCAGUCCUGUGGAGGGCCCUUCUCGUUGA